UAUACCAAAAAUGAACGUUCAGGACUUUCUAAAACUGAGCUCACCUUUGAUAUUAGAUGGUGGUAUUGCUACAGAGCUAGAGAGAGUUCAUCAUAAAGAUCUUUCAUCACAUUUAUGGUCUGCUGCUUAUUUAUUUAAAGACCCGCAAGCAAUACGAGAUAUUUAUUUAUCUUAUCUUAGAGCAGGCGCGGAUAUCAUUACAACCUGCAGUUAUCAAGCAACCAUAUCAGGUUUUAUGCAAUGCGGAUUUUCAAAUGAUCAAGCAAUAUCGUUAAUGCAAAAAUCUGUUUCAUUAGCCACCGAAGCUCGGGAUCAAUUUUGGACUGAAUAUCAACCCAAUGAUAUAACUAGGAUUAAACCUUUAAUUGCACUCUCGUUUGGACCAUUUGGUGCAACCUUACAUAAUGGAUCUGAAUAUUCUGGUGAUUAUGGACCUGAUAUAACCACCUCCUACCUUAAAAAUUUUCAUAGAGAAAGGAUGAGGAUAUUUUAUCCAAAAUUUACAGAUAUUGAUUUAAUAGCAUUUGAAACGAUUCCAUCAUUUCAAGAAGUUGAUGCAAUUUGUUCUGUAUUACGAGAAGAAAAAAUUUCUGUUCCUUGUUGGAUCUCAUUUCCUUGUAAAAACGAUUCAUUAAAUUGUCAUGGUGAAACUUUAAUAGAAAGCAUCAAACUUUGUUGUACCAUAGAUUCAAUUGUUGCUAUUGGUAUAAAUUGCACUAAACCUAAGUAUGCUGAAAAUUUGGUAAAUUUAAUUCGUAAUGAAAUGGAUGCCCUUGGAUCUACAGAUAGAUUUAUUGUUUGCUAUCCAGAUGGUGGAUUCGAGUGGGAUGAAUUUAAAAAGGAUUGGAAUUGUACAGGGCUUUCUGCUGAAGAAUUCGGAACUUGUGCAAUAUCGUGGGCUAAACGAUCUAGAUUCAAGAUUAUUAUCGGUGGUUGUUGUAAAACUACACCAGAAUAUAUUUCCAAUGUUCGCAAAUGUGUUUUCGAACAUCUAGGAAAGUUUACUGAUAAAUUAUAA